GGUUUUGGCGGUUCUCACACUGCUGGCCCUCACACCAGCAACACUGCCAACGAGCUGGAUCCUCGCGUGGACAGUGACCGAUCUUCCUACGGCCACUCUUCCACAAAGCCCUUGAGCAACAGCACCUCCGGCUACGGCGCCAACAACUCUUACGGCUCAUCAUACGGCAACAACACCACUGCCGGUCCUCAUACUAGCAACGUCGCCAACGAAAUGGACCCCCGCGUCGACAGCGAUCGGUCCUCCACCGGCUUCAACCGCUCUCACCAGGGCUCCGUCCCCGGUAACGGCCUUGGCCAUGCCGGAGGUACCUCUGGAUACACCGGUGCCUCUGGCUACGACCGUACCACCGGUCCUGCUUCCUCGACUGCCGGUCCUCACACCAGCAACGUUGCCAACGAAGCCGACCCUCGCGUCGACAGCGACAUGAGCAGCGGCCGCAACUUCUCUACCCAUGACCGAACCACCGGCCCUGCCUCCUCCACCGCUGGUCCCCAUUCCAGCAACGUCGCCAACGAGGCCGAUCCUCGCGUCGACAGCGAUCUCGACAGCACUGGUGCUCGCAACAGCGUGUCUCGAACCAGCCGCACCACCGGUCCCGCCUCUUCUACCGCCGGCCCUCACUCCAGCAACGUCGCCAACGAGGCUGAUCCCCGCGUCGACAGCGACAUGAGCAGCGCCCGCCACAGCACCACGACCGGCAGCACCAACGCCAACACCAAGGGCGCACACAUCAACACCUCCCUCCCCAACGCCCUCGGCCACGAAGGCAACAUCCGCGGCUCGAUCACGGGCCAAGCCACCGAGGGCAUGGACCCUCGCGUCGACAGCGACCGGGACAACCGUGCUCGUCACGAAGACAUGGCCAGCAGCAGCUACAACACCCCUGGUAGUGGUCGCGCUUCGGGCACUGCUGGUCCUCAUGACAGCAAUGUUGGAAACAAGAUGGAUCCGACUGUCGAUUCUGAUAUGGAUGGUUCG